AUGAACAGUGCAUUAAAGGGAGCCAAAUUCCUAUAUGUUGUAGAGGUGAAAGCAACAGCGGCAUGCAUACUAGAGAAGCUGACCAGCAGUUCUGCUAUAAACAGAAGAAAACUCAACUGCAGAGAUGCACUUACUGCAGCCAAAUAUCCUAGUGUAGUAAAGAUAGGCCAUGCCCAUGGAGGCCUCGGUAAACUUAAAGUGGAGAAUCAUUUUGACUUUCAAGAUGUUGCCAGUGUCGUGGCAGUCAACAAAAUGUACUGCAUUGUAGAGCCAUUCAUUGACGCCAAGUAUGAUAUCCACAUACAGAAGAUUGGAAAUAACUAUAAAGCUUUCAUGCGAAAAUCGAUUUCUGGAAACUGGAAGGCAAAUAUGGGUUCCGCCAUGCUGGAGCAGAUUCCUAUGACAGAAAGAUACAAGAAAUGGGUAGAUGAAGUUUCGGAGCUUUUUGGAGGACUGGAUAUUUGUGCAGUAGAAGCUAUUCAAGGCAAAGACGGCAGGGAACAUAUUAUAGAGGUGAAUACGUCUUCAAUGACUCUUUUGGGAGAAACACAAGAAGAAGACCGUCGUCUAAUUGCAGAUCUAGUCGUACAGCGUAUGCAGACGUACUGCAAGCCAGUACUUGCGAAACAAACUUCUAGAACUAGCGUGACGAAUUUUGGUGCUGAAGAAACUUCUACUGAUCACGUGCCAGCAACUCAGCAAAACAAUUUUGAAAUUGGAGGUUCUGAUGAGUACUGA